AAGUUAAAAAAAUACGAUAUUUGGAAUUGGAAAAACUAUAUAUCAGUCAGAAAAACUUUAACAAGAGUUACUGAUACCGUUGUUUUUUGCUUGUGAAUUUAAUUUAGUUUCGAUAAUUUCUAUGAAUUAUUUCAAGAUUAACAAGUGGUUAUUUGAUUUAAAAUUUGUUUAAAGGCUACAUUAUAGUGUUCAAUUUAAAUAAAUCUGAAAGCGUCGAGAAUGGGGCUCCAAAAAGUGCUUAGUACGACUAUGAAAGUUUUGGUGAUAUUUUCUCUGUUCUUUCUACAAGUCAAGAUGGUUCCGUAUUAUGAACAACGGGAGUACUGCAAAGUUUUACUCAGCCAAUAUGAUCCUCACUUGCUUGACACGUUCAAGUUAGAGAUGUCGCAAGGAAUCGAGCGGUUCUUCCUGCUGUCAUACUGCCUGGCUUGUUGCUGGCCCGGGCUAGGCGCCAAAAGCGAUCUGCGCGUGGUUCGACAAUGGCCCGAGCUACAGUUCGUGUUCCCUAGCGAAGAUGCUAUGCAAGCAGCCAUUGAGAAGCGCUACUACGUCCCAGGGAAUUCAGUGCCUAUAGACGUUGAUGUGCACCACAGACAAGGACCUUAUGCAUCUCGGAUAUUCGUGACCAUCCCGCGGUUCGACGAGGGUCGGCCGAUGACACUGGGCACGGUGGACGAGCAGGGCAAGAUCAACGCCUACCCAGAUUAUUCUUGGCAUGACAACCAAGGUUAUAACUGUGGUGGCUUAACGUCCGUCUUCAGAGUUGCUAUCGAUGAAUGCCAACGUCUGUGGGUGAUGGAUGCCGGCAAGAUUGGUGAUCAGCAGUUGUGUCCUCCACAGCUACUGGCCUUCGACCUGGCGACCGACCAGCUCAUCUACAGACAUAUCGUCAAUGCAUCCCUGUUUACGGACCAGUCAUUGUUUAUAACCCCUGUUGUGGACAUCAGACCCCGCGGGCCCGGAGACUGCGCUAAUACCUUCGUGUACAUCGCUGACGUGUCGGCCUUCGCAAUUCUCGUGGUGGACGUGAUGCGGGACAGGUCUUGGCGCACUACGCAUCGCCUCUUCUUCCCGUACCCGUCCAGGGGAACAUUCACCAUCGACGAUGAAAGCUUUGACCUGAUGGACGGCGUUUUGGGAAUGGCUCUGUCACCAUACCAGCCCGGCCGCGAUCGCUUCCUCUACUUCCACUCGCUGGCCUCCACCACCGAAAACGUUGUCAACACCAAAGUUAUCAGGAAUAGUUCGUACAUUGAAGACCCUAACAUCGAUCCAGAAGCUGUUUACGUAUUUCCGAAUGAGCGCACGUCUCAAUCUGCAGCUGAAGCCAUGGACCGUAAUGGCAUACUAUACUUCGGCGUCAUGAACCCACCGAGCAUCAUGUGCUGGAAUUCGGCCACAGAAUUCUCUCCUCUUAACUUCCAUACUGUAGCUGCCGAUAAGGAAACGUUGCAAUUCGCUAGUGGCGUGAAAGUUGUCAUGAAUGCUAAAGGAGAACAAGAACUUUGGGUCUUGACAUCAAGCUUCCAAAGAGUAAUGACGGGAUCUCUUUCUUCAGAUAGGGUAAAUUUCAGAAUUCAUGCUGAGAAAAUUCCGAAUAUCUUAGCGAACUCUCCUUGCAAAGAUUCCCCAAAGGGGCAAAAGCCUGGCUACCAGGCCAACCUUAUCGACAGAGCCGGGGACGGUCACACUCCUCGGCCGUACAGGUAUGGCAGUGCCUGGUAUCUGUAGAGAUUAGUGCCAUGUCCGAUCGGUUGCUCAGAAGAUUUUUGUGGCAUAACUAGCCAUAAGUGUAGUACCAUUGCUGAUUUGAUGUAAGUCGCUCAGUGGCGCUAGGUAUUUAUUCGCUUAGGUAUUGAAUAUACCUUGAGUAAUUGUGUUAAGUUCGUCAUCUUUUUAAUAAAUUCGUGAAAUUUAUUUUAAUGAUUGACAUAUUUUUACCGAUACGAAAGAGAUGACUGAAGUCUUAGCUUAGUUCAUUUCAUUGAAACGCAUGCGUGUUUUUAUUUAAUGAUAAUCUUUAAUAAUAUUGUUACCUACAUGCUUAUACGCCAAAGUCACAUUAUAAAUUAUAGAUUCCGUUCUGAAUAAUUUACAUAUUUCAAAAAUAUCAUAUAACCAUGUUAUAUAUAAGAAAUAAAAUAAAAAAAUAGUAAAACA